AUGGCUCAACGUGUGGUUAAAAAUGUUGAAAACGACUACUUAAUUUGCAGCAUUUGUUUAGGAAGAUAUGAAAAUCCUAAACUACUACCGUGUGGGCAUACAUUUUGUCGUCAAUGUUUAAACGACCAUAUUACUUUGACAGUUACGGACCGUGCGGCUCAAGGGUUCAAUUGCCCAAAUGACCGAUCCCUUGUGAAGCGACCGAAAGUGGGUCUAAAUCCAAAGCAAUGGGCGGACGCUUUCCCCACAGACACCUUUCUCGUGAGUUUAGUACAAGCUGUAGCCUCGCAUGAAGGCGGGGGUCCUCCGCCAGUCGGAGCAAAUGCUUCCCAGAACACCGAACAGACGACUGAUGGCGAAGUGGCGGGAAGUUCUAACGGUCCUCGAUGUGAAAAGCAUCCUGACAGACAGAUUGAGUUCUUCUGUCUUGGUUGUAGUACUUCAAUAUGUCCAGUUUGUGCUGUGAGAGAACACAGAAAAAGGACGUGUGAGUGUGUCUCUGUGUCCGAAGCGAUGGAGAGACAGAGGCCAAGAAUUCAAGCAUUGAAAAGAAGAUUCGAAACUCAGAUUCAAAAAAUUCAAAGGUUAAACCGGGGAGAUGGAAUCCUAAAUGGCACCUUUACAAGUAGUAAAGAGAGAGCAUUGAAUACACUGAAUGACAUAGAAGCAAAACUGGGUACCUUUUUCCAAGUGAUUCUCCAGCAAGUGGAAGUUCUUCGUCAGCAAGUGAAUGAGGCAACAGUGAAUUUCGCGGGCGAAAACCAGCAGCUGAACUCUGUUCUUGAAAACAUAGAAUCGACAAAGCUUACUUUUGAAAACAUGUGCAAUAUUAAUCAUAGUGCUGAGGUGUUGAAUAUUCUUCCUAGGAUGGAAACACAAGCAGACGAGUUUGACACUGCCAUGCAAACUGCCAAUCAAAAUGCUGGAAUGCAACUCGAUGUGGUCACCAAUACUUCAUUUGAAAGUUUCCUACGUAAUCCUCCACCAAUCGGCACCCUUAAGGUUACACGUGGUAGUAGAAACAACACCAGAAGACCACCCAACAGACGGGACCAAACAAGAAACCGCAGUGGAAACCCAUCUCAGGAAUACCAAAGGCAGACAUCCACUGGAGCAGUGCGACCGACAAACACUCCUCGGCCUACACGAGAACCAAGACCAACAAGAACGAUCAGCAAAGUCAACGUCAAAGUUGCGUCAGAGGCCGUGUCUGCUUGGCAUCUGACAGGUGUUGUGUUUGUUGGAAAUACCAUUGUUGUAACAGAUAACUUAAAUGAGAUGGUUCGACAAGUGUCUAUAUCAUCACAGGCUCUGAAUCUCACAUUGCCCUUAGAAAAACCUGUUUCAAUUUGCAACGUGUCUUGUCCUACAGACGUCGCAGUGACACAACCAGAUAAAAGAACCAUUACGAUAAUAUCAACAGAACGAGGAUUGAAUGUCAAAGGGACUGUGCGUACCAACAAAGCUUACGAAGGGAUCGCUCAGAUGCAGAGUGGGGACUUUGUAGUGUCCUGCAUCCAAGGCAGAAUGUCCAUUGACGUCAUCGAUAGAGGAGGUCACGUGUUAAAGUCGAUUGAACGGUCGUACUCUCUUCGAUGCCCACGCUUCCUGUCUGUUACCUCUGCAGGGAGAGUGAUCGUCACCGACAAGGAGCAGAAACACAUUGUCAGCCUCAACUUCGAAACUAGCCAAUUAGACUGGACCUACUCUACCCAGUACUCUCCCUGGGGAUUGGCUUGUGACCAGGAUGGGAAAAUAUUUAUUUGUUUGGACAACAAUUCUGUACAAGUCGUCUCCGAAGAGGGCCACCUGAUCCAGGACAAAUUUGUUACCGAAAACGAUGGAAUCAAAACACCACAUGCAAUAUGUGCGCGUCGUGGACAAAUUGCCAUGACUGAAUUUGGACCAAGAACACCAACACAUUUACUAAGCGAUGUAUUAGCUACAACAAACAACUUUACUGUACCUUAUGGCAUUGACGGAACUAUGAUUUGUGGAUGGGAUAAAAGGGGACCUGGUCUUUACUAUGUUGACAGUGAUGGAGAAAGAAUGUCCAACAAUAUAUACUCAGUGGGUUCUGGGUCAGUUUAUGCCUAUGGUGUUUUAGACAGUGGAUAUCGUUAUGACCUCUCAGUGGAGGAAGCUAUUGACUUAGGGAGGAGGUCAAUUUACCACGCCACCCACAGGGACGCAUACAGUGGUGGAGUCGUCAACUUGUACCAUAUGAAGGAGACAGGAUGGGAGUUCAUCUCUCAGACGGACGUGUUUGAUCUCCAUUAUCAGUACCAGGCCGAGAAGAAGUAGAGACAAUAUGUGAUUCUAUAAAUAAAAGUGCUACCUGAACAUUGCAUCAUCUCUUGACUGAAAUAUCAUGCUUAAAACUUUAAUUAUUUCAUUAAUAAAUAUAUUCAUUAAAAAUGU